UCGUUGAAAGUUUGCCCAGUAUACACGGUCUGUACGAGACAUACUGUACAGUUACCACAGUUACCACGGGUUCACAACCCAACACAAUGUCGGAACUAUUCCAAGAACAGAUCCAAUCAGACUAAAAUGAAACCAGAGACUGUCCACUCCAGGAUUCUUUACAACGACGACCGUAUUCUAGUGUACAACAAACCCAAUCGGAAGGCUGUUCAUAACGGUCCGAAAGUUGGGAAGACUAUAUAUCAGCAGCUUGAAGAGGCUAACGUAACUCCGGUUUAUCCAGUCCACAGACUUGAUCGAGAUACCACAGGUUGUCUGCUAUUCGCCAAAGACCAGGAAAUGGCCAACUACCUCUCCAACCUUAUGAAGCACCACAGGGUACUGAGGAGCUACUUGGCCUUGUGUAUCGGAAUACCAGAACAAACUAAAGGAGAAGUGGGAGGUAUUAUCGGACACUUCAACCGGAAUGGAAGAUGGCAGAUGGGUAUGACCAAGAGGAUAACUAGUAACAAUAGGGACACAGUUUCAAAAUAUCGGGUUCUAAAGACUUAUCUUGAUGCUAUGUCCAUGAUGGAACUGCAGCCUGUCACCGGAGCUAAACAUCAACUCAAGGUACACUGUGCCCAACUCCUGAAAACGCCCAUAUUUGGUGACAACAAAUACGCCCCCAAGGCUUUACAUCACUCAGAUCUUGCUCAAAGACUAACGGGACAGUCUUGGGGGUGGAAUCCAGUGCAUCUACACGCCCACCGAAUUCUUAUCCCGGAGUACAAACAAACGAACGACCUCGUAAUUACGGCGCCUCUCCCUACCUACUUCUUAGCGACACUAAUGAGAAUUGAAUCCUACACCUUCCACCGGACCAGAACCGCUCCACAGAAAGACAGAACCGUGGAUAGAGUUGACGAGGGAUUCCUGCAGAAACUCACUGGGAUGAGCGCAAGAGAAAGUUUCUACGAUAUUAACGCCACUAUGCCAGAAGAAGAUCAAGAUUUACAGGACAUGUCGUACGCGGAGGAAGAUAUGUACAAGCGCUCAAGGAAAGACUUGACCCGAUCAUUUUCCAGUUCCAAGGGUAAACAACACCUCAAGAUUAAUAAUAUGAUGCGUCGAACUGUCAGCAAAAACUCGGAGAGAUAAAAGUUCAUGUUUAAUUUUUCUGUCAUUUUUCUGUAAGAUUUUUGAUGAUCGCAAUUUUUUAACCUUUCACUGGAUUUGAUUAAGAAUUUGGUGGAUGAAAAUGAGAUGAUUUUUUACUGGCUGAAACCUUCUUAUUUUUGAUUGGUGAUCCCACUGGGACAAAGUUGCUUGGGAUAAUUGUCAGCAAUGUGUAUUGUCUGUUUGAGUUUCAGUAUCUAUUACAUUUAAAACGUUUCCAAUUAUUUAUAUGUUACGCAGCUGCCAAUCCUAACAUAAACCUACCACAUGUGAAAUAUUGAAUAUACAUUGAAUUUGUACAAUGAAAUGUAUACAAUGAAACAUAAACAAAGAAAUAUGCACAAUUUAAUCUCAUUUCCAAGA